CACGCCCACCCACGGCGGCGGCGGAGGGUGGCGAGCUGCGGGGCCGGCGGAGACGCUGCUGUCGCCUCGCUUCGCCUCCCGCUCGGACUCGCUCUCGGCCCGGCCCUCCCGUCCUUCCUGCGGAGCCCACCCGAGGGGCUCGCCAUGUUCUCCAGGAAGGGCCACGCCGACGCCAGGAAAUCCACGCAGAAAGCUCUAGACCCCAAGCGGGACGUGCUGACCCGCCUCAAGCACCUCCGGGCGCUGCUGGAUAUUGUGGAUGGAAGUGACCUGAAGCAGUUUUUUGAGAACAAUUAUUCUCAAAUUUUUUUUAUCUUCUAUGAAAACUUCAUAACACUGGAAAAUAGCCUGAAACAAAAAGGGAAUAAAUCACAGAGGGAGGAGCUGGACUCCAUCCUCUUUCUUUUUGAAAAAAUAUUGCAACUACUGCCUGAGAGGAUUUUUUAUCGGUGGCAUUUUCGCAGUAUAGGGUCGAUUUUGAAGAAACUUUUGCACACUGGAAACUCUCUCAAGAUAAGAUGUGAAGGAAUCCGACUGUUUCUUCUCUGGCUUCAAGCACUUCAGACUAACUGUACAGAAGAGCAGAUAUUAAUAUUUGCAUGCCUUGUGCCUGGGUUUCCACCCGUUAUGUCCUCACGAGGUCCCUGUACACUAGAUAAUGUCAUUAGUCCUCCUAAUUCACCAGAUGCUAAGAUUUUUCCAGAAGAAAUUACCCCGCUUUUGCCAGCUGUCUCUGGAGAGAAAAUUGCUGAAGACCAAACCUGCUAUUUUCUUCAGUUACUAUUAAAAUAUAUGGUAAUUCAGGCUGCAAGCUUGGAGUGGAAGAAUAAGGAGAACCAAGACACUGGUUUUAAGUUUCUCUUUACCUUGUUCAGAAAAUACUACCUUCCACACUUGUUUCCAUCUUUUACAAAACUAACUAACCUCUACAAACCUGUUCUAGAUAUUCCUGAUACAAGACCAAGACCUGUAUACAUUACUGCAACACGAAACAAUGAGAAUGUCUAUAGCACAAAAAUUCCAUACAUGGCAGCUCGAGUUGUAUUUAUUAAGUGGCUUGUUACUUUCUUUCUUGAAAAGAAAUACUUAACUGCUGUUCAGCAUACAAAAAAUGGAGGAGAAAUGCUCCCUAAAAUUAUCCAGACUGUUGGUGUUGUAAACCAAGAUAAAAACCCUGAACUGGAAACCAGCGUGUCUUAUGCAAGCGAGCAGGAGAGAAGCCAUUCCAAUAGCAGCACGCUGUCUGACCGGCGGCUCAGUAAUUCAAGCCUCUGCAGCAUCGAGGAGCAGCAUCGGACCGUCUAUGAGAUGGUGCAGCGGAUCCUCCUGUCCACCCGAGGAUAUGUUAACUUUGUUAAUGAGGUGUUUCGGCAGGCAUUUUUGUUGCCUUCCUCUGAUAUAUCUGCAACACGGAAAGUGGUUAAGGUGUAUCGGAAGUGGAUACUGCAGGAGAAACCUGUGUUCAUGGAGGAGCCAGACAAAAAGGAGAACAGUGAGGAUGCUGUUACCAGCUUAGAGGAUUCAUCAGCACAAACGGAUGGUAAACAUCUUUCCUCUGACCAUUCAGGACAUAAGCGCUCAUCCAGCUGGGGAAGAACGUACUCCUUUACCAGUGCUGUUAACAGAGGAUGUGUAUUGGAAGAUGAAGACAAAAAUGUUAAAGCUGGUGCUCAAGCUGCAUUACAGGUGUUCUUGACAAACUCUGCAAAUGUGUUUUUACUGGAACCAUGCAUUGAAGUCCCCGUGCUUCUGAAGGAGCAAGUUGAUGCUUGCAAGGCAGUUCUCAGUAUUUUCAGGCGCAUGAUAAUGGAACUAUCAAUGAAUAAAAAGACCUGGGAGCAGAUGUUACAGAUACUCCUCAGAAUAACAGAAGCAGUGAUGCAGAAGCCAAAAGAGAACCAAAUAAAGGAUACAUUUGCUCAGAGCAUGUCAGGAUUACUUUUCCGAACCCUCAUUGUGGCUUGGAUCAGAGCAAACCUGAGCGUCUACAUUUCUCGGGAGCUGUGGGAUGAGCUGCUUAGCGUUCUGUCUUCCCUGACUGACUGGGAGGAGCUCAUAAAUGAGUGGGCCAACAUCAUGGACUCCCUGACGGCAGUGCUAGCAAGAACUGUGUAUGGGGUGGAAAUGACUAACUUACCCUUGGAUAAGCUCAGUGAACAGAAAGAAAAAAAGCAGAGAGGAAAGGGUGGUGUUUUAGAGCCUCAAAAGACAGCUGUAGUGGGAAGAUCUUUUUCAUUAAGCUGGAAGAGUCAUCCUGAAGUUGUGGAGCCCAUGAGAUUUAGAAGUGCCACCACCUCUGGAGCUCCUGGAGUUGAGAAAGCAAGAAAUAUUGUUCGUCAGAGAGCAACAGCUAAGCGAAGCCAGUCUAUCAGCAACUGUGUUCAUCUUUAUGAGGCUUUGCCAGCUACUAAAAGUGUACCUCUUCUGCUUCACACUGUGAGCUCUCUCUUACCUGGUAUCUCUUACACUUCUUGCUCUCACAGACUGUCAGAGGUUGAAGAAUCUCAGCAGUCGGAAGCUUUGGCAGGAGCAGAAGCUACAGGCCUCUUUGUAGACCAAGAGCAGCAGCUCACUCGAAGUAGCAGCACUUCAGAUAUUGCAGAUCAAUUUCCAUCUGAUUUUUUUCAAGGCAAAAAGGCUGGGAGUUCUCAUAAUUUGACCACUUUAGACUCCAAAUCAAUCCAGGAAAAUAAGGAGUGUGUGAAGAAGGAACAUGAAGCUGAGCAUGUACCAGUACGAAGGAGCAGUAGUACAGCUGAAUUGGAUUUGAAAGCUGACUUACAGCAAACACAUGGAAACCAUAGGGAGAGAGAAAAAAGUGAAAGUGUGAGCAGUGACACAUCCAUUGGGUAUAAUAAUGAGGUAGAGAUUGCUCUCAUCCCCUGGCAAGCCUCUGAAGAAGAUCAGGAAGUUAAUGCAUCGACAGAUGUCUGUGUGGAUCCUGAUGCACCUCGCUGGCUUCAGCUUAGCCCUUCAGAUAAUGCAAAUUUAACAGACAGCAGUGAGUUCCUUGCUGAUGACUGCAGUAUAAUUGCUGGUGGAAGCCUCAUCGGUUGGCAUCCUGAUUCUGCUGCUGUGCUAUGGAGGAGGAUCCUGGGAAUUCUUGGAGAUGUGAACAAUAUACAGUCGCCUAAAAUUCAUGCAAAAGUUUUUGGGUAUCUCUAUGAGCUGUGGUAUAAACUUGCAAAGAUAAGGGAUAACCUUGCUAUAAGCGUGGACAAUCAGUCUACUCCCUCUCCUCCUGUCUUAAUUCCUCCUCUCAGAAUAUUUGCAUCAUGGUUGUUCAAGGCAACCACCCUGCCAAAUGAAUAUAAGGAAGGCAAACUUCAGGCAUACAGGCUGAUCUGUGCUAUGAUGACGAGGCGUCAGGAUGUUCUGCCAAAUUCAGAUUUCCUGCUUCAUUUUUAUUUUGUGAUGCACCUUGGUUUAACAAGUGAAGACCAGGAUAUCUUGAAUACUGUCAUAAAGCAUUGCCCACCUUGGUUUUUCUUCCUGGGCUUGCCUGGCUUUACGAUGCUGAUAGGAGACUUCAUCACAGCAGCAGCCAGAGUGCUGAGCACAGACCUGCUGGAGGCUCCCCGUUCAGAAGCCCAUACCAUCCUUGGGUCUCUUGUUUGCUUUCCAAAUAUCUAUCAAGAAAUCCCACUAUUGCAGCCCAUUUCAGAAGCUGGUGAGAUCAUUGCGGGGAGUGCCGAUGUAAAGUGCUACCUCAUUAAUAUUUUACUGAAGAAUGCUACAGAGGAGCCAAGUGAAGCUGCAAGAUGCAUAGCCAUUUGUGGCCUUGGAGUUUGGAUAUGUGAAGAACUAACACAGUGCACAAACCACCCUCAAGUGAAGGAAGCAAUCAAUGUCAUAGGUGUGACACUGAAGUUUUCUAAUAAACUGGUAGCUCAGGUAGCCAAUGAUGUUCUUCAGCUGCUUGUUUCUUACUGGCAAAAGCUGCAGGAGUAUGAAUCAUCCCUGCCCAGAAAAAUUACUGAAAUCCUUGUGGCCACUAUUGCUUUUCUUCUGCCAAGUGCUGAAUACUCCUGUGUGGAGGCAGAUAAAAAGUUUAUAGUUUCAUUGCUACUUUGCUUGUUGGAUUGGUGUAUGGCAUUACCUAUGAAAAUGCUGCUGGAGCCAGUGUCUGCUGGUGUCCUUGAAGAUCAGCAUGCAUCCAAAGCUCCUUUACUGGACUAUAUUUACAGAGUUUUGCACUGCUGUGUGAACGGCUCCAGCACGUACACCCAGCAAAGCCAUUACGUGCUGAGCCUUGCGGAUCUGUCGUCUGCUGACUAUGACCCCUUUCUGCAUCUGGAGAAUGUCACGAGCUGUGAGCCAGCCCAGUGCCACUCUGCCACCGAGCUGGGCAACCUGCUCACUGUUGCUGAAGAAAAAAGGAGAAGGAACUUAGAACUAAUACCUUUGACGGCACGGAUGGUUAUGACUCAUCUGGUGAAUCAUUUGAGCCACUACCCACUCAGCGGAGGUCCUGCCAUCCUCCACAGUCUCCUCAGUGAGAAUCAUGACAACUCAUAUGUGGAAUCCUCUGAGCUGUCAUCAGAAGUCUUCCGGAGCCCCAACCUUCAGCUCUUUGUGUUUAAUGACAGUACUCUUAUAUCAUACCUCCAAAUUCCUGCAGACAAAAGGAAAGACACUGAGCCAGCAGUAGCCCCCUCGGAUGUAAGGGUAAUUGUCAGAGAUAUCUCAGGGAAGUACUCUUGGGAUGGCAGAAUAUUGUAUGGACCUUUGGAGGGCUGCCUUCCGCGGCAGAACACAGCAAACUCAUUUGUGAUUUCAGGCAGCUGCGAGCACCACUUCAGUUCCCAAAAAGACAUUUCUCAGGUGGAAGAAGGAGAAGAUGCUCUUGACAAAUUACUGGAGAGGAUUGGUAACACUAGUCCUGAAUGCCUUUUACAUCCCCAGCGGAAGCUGAAUGAGCCAUCGCCACCGCCCUUUGGAAUGAGCUGCGAGCAAGAGAAUGCAAUCACUGAAGCCCUGAUGAGGCAGAGUACCCAGGAAAACGAGUACAUUUUAAAAUGCAGCUCAGACUUCAGUAUGAAGGUGGCCCGUCAGGAAGAACCGCGUCCUGCUGAACCUCAGGCAUCCUUUUAUUUCUGUCGGCUGUUGUUAAACGACUUGGGAAUGAACUCCUGGGAUAGAAGGAAGAGCUUUCACCUUCUUAAGAAAAAUUCAAAAUUACUGAGAGAACUGAAAAAUCUGGAUUCUCGCCAAUGCCGUGAAACUCACAAGAUUGCAGUGUUUUACAUUGCAGAAGGACAGGAGGACAAAUGUUCAAUACUGUCCAAUGCCAGGGGAAGCCAGGCAUAUGAAGAUUUUGUUGCUGGACUGGGUUGGGAGGUUGAUCUCUCCACACACGGUGGGUUUAUGGGCGGCCUGCAGCGCAAUGGCAGCACUGGACAAACAGCACCCUAUUAUGCUACCUCUACUGUGGAAAUCAUUUUUCAUGUGUCUACAAGAAUGCCAUCAGAUUCAGAUGAUUCACUGACCAAAAAGCUUCGUCACUUGGGAAAUGAUGAGGUUCACAUCGUCUGGUCUGAACACAACAGGAACUACCGCAGGGGCAUUAUACCAACAGAUUUUGGAGAUGUUUUAAUUGUUAUUUAUCCGAUGAAGAACCACAUGUUUUUCAUAGAAAUAAUGAAGAAACCAGAGGUGCCAUUUUUUGGUCCUCUCUUUGAUGGAGCCAUUGUGACUGCAAAGCUGCUGCCAAGCCUCAUAUGUGCCACGUGCAUCAAUGCCAGCAGAGCCGUCAAAUCGCUUAUCCCUCUCUACCAGAGUUUCUACGAGGAAAGAGCUCUGUAUCUUGAAGCAAUAAUCCAGAACCACAAAGAAGUAAUGACAUUUGAGGAUUUUGCCGCUCAGGUCUUUUCUCCCUCUCCCAGCUACUCCCUGGGUGGAACUGGCUGCCUCACCGCCAGCACCAGCGCCGACCUCGCCGUCCCCGCAGGAGCAGAGCCAGCAGAGCUGACCUCAGCGCCGCGCAGCGCCGGCACCAAAGCCUGCGGGAGGCUCCGCCGCUCCGCCAGCGCGCUCAGCAAGGCUCCCAGCUGACACCCUGCACCCUCCAGGGAACCCCUCGCCACGCACCAGGCUCUGCUCCUCGCCUGAAGGACCCCCCGCUCGGGAUGGGCGCUUGUUGGAGGGGAUGGGCAGCAAGCACUUU